AAAUUUUCAAUAAAGAUAAACUGAAAUAAUGAAAUUGUUAUUGACUAUUGUAAAGUCAGCUUAAUUUAAUGAAUGUUUUAUAUUAUUCAUGGUCUAAACUUGCAUAUAAAUAUUUUCAAGAAUAAGAAUUUUAUUGACCAAUUUUAGCUCUCAAAGCUAAAUUUGGUACACCUUCUAUCCUUGGGAUUUUAGAAUUCAAAUAAGAAAUGGGUAAUGCAGGAAGUAAUCAUCCAAAAGAGUGGCACAAAGAUCAGUCCACUAAACCACAAGAUGUAGGUUGCUCUUCUCCAGCAAAAGAAGGAGAAGCUUUUACUUUUGACAAAAAAAUUGACGACGACCGAUGUAUUCGAGACGACGAUAACAACAUUGAAGAUGGAGCGCCUUAUUAUACCAAAGCUGUACCUGAACACGAUGUCGAAGAAACGAUCAUGCGUGAAAGAUCUAAUACUUUGACAGAAGAUAACAAAGAUGCUGAAGAUGUUAAAGUAUUGCCAACUGUUUUCAAAUGGGAAGGUGGAGGAAAGCAGGUUUUUAUAAGUGGAACUUUUACCGAGUGGAAAACCAUACCUAUGGUCAAGUCACAUGGAGAUUUUGUAACUAUUAUCGAUCUGCCAGAAGGGGAGCACCAAUAUAAGUAUUUUGUUGAUGGGGAGUGGCGUCAUGACCCAACUGUGAAAGUUGUGGACAAUGGAAUGGGUUCUAAGAAUAAUUUGGUUACAGUGAAAAUGUCCGACUUUGAAGUGUUUCAAGCACUCGCUAAAGACAGUGAGGGAAUACAUAAUAGUGCCCAGACUGAAUACUCUCAGGAAAUACCACAGUCUAAGCCAUGGGAAAAAGUUACAGGUCCACCAAUUUUACCUCCACAUCUUUUACAAGUUAUUCUGAAUAAGGAUACUCCUUUGUCUUGUGAACCUACAUUAUUACCAGAACCAAAUCAUGUGAUGUUAAACCAUUUGUAUGCCUUAUCUAUCAAAGAUGGUGUGAUGGUAUUAUCUGCUACUCACCGGUAUCGAAAGAAGUAUGUCACUACUCUUCUGUACAAGCCCAUCUAAGAAUAUUUUCUCCACAGGCGCCUUUAUUACCAUAAAAAACUAUAUUGUUAUUGUGAUCAUUUCGUAGAACAUUUUAGGUAAAUGAAUUAUGUAUAGGUAGUUGUAAGUAAAGUGAAUUUGUGCAAUACAAGAAAUAUCUAAAAACUGAUUAAAUCAUUGAUAAUUUAAUUGUCCUCCCAUUUCCUUAAGUUAUGUUUAAAUAGUGCUCUUUUACAAUGUAAUAAUAAUACUAGAUAUUCUAUAAAUUCACAUGAGCUUGCUUAGGUAUGGUGUUUAAUUUAUUGACAAAUGUUUGUAUUUUAUUUUUUAACAUGUACUAGAAUAUUAACAUAAGAUUCAAAUAUUUUUCCAUCAUAACUUAUUAACCAAAUCUUAAACAUUACGUACCAACAAGGCAGAAAUGUCAUUGUGAUAAUAUAAAAAAAUGGCCUUACAGUACUUUUGUUUUAUUUAUUGCCAAUAAAAAUCAGCUUUAAAU